CAUAUCCCUACGCAGUUACUAAAAUUAACAGUUGUCACCGGACUGUCGAUGGGUCAACACUGUCGUCAUAAUGGUCGGUCUGUUCAAGCUUAUCAGAUUCAGUUCAUGUGCACUGAGGAAGUCGCCCUCCAUCAAGAACAGGGCCAUAUUUGAUGCCCCCCGGCGCAGCUUCCAGGUGAUCUAUGGCGAUCUGGAACACCUCCCCAACCGAGUCCGCAACUACGUCGAGGAGAACGCCCGACUCUGCCAGCCCGACACUCUGCACAUCUGUGAUGGUUCCGAUCGGGAGAGUGAGCUUCUUACUUACAUGCUGCAGAAAGAUGGCAUCCUCAAAAGCCUACCGAAAUAUGACAACUGUUGGUUGGCAAGGACGGAUCCAGCAGAUGUCGCUAGAGUUGAGAAGUUGACCUACAUAUCUACGGAUGAACAACGGGAUACGGUGCCAAGUACCAAGUAUGGUGCCAAGAGCCAGCUGGGGAACUGGAUGGCGCCGGAGGACAUGGACAAUGAGCUCAACAUGAGGUUCCCUGACUGCAUGAAAGGGCGCACCAUGUAUGUGAUUCCGUUCAGCAUGGGUCCCAUCGGUUCCCCAAUGUCCAAGAUCGGCGUCCAGCUGACUGACUGCUACGUGGUAGCCAGCAUGAGAAUCAUGACCAGAAUGGGUUCCAAAGUACUCAGUGCCCUGAAUGAUGAAGACUUUGUCAAGUGUCUACACUCCGUGGGACGACCUCUGCCCUUGACAAAACCUCUCCAAAACAACUGGCCAUGUGACCCCAAAAGGACCUUGGUGGCCCACAUCCCAGAAAGGAAUGAGAUCGCGUCGUUCGGCAGUGGGUAUGGAGGAAACUCACUCCUUGGCAAGAAAUGCUUUGCUCUGCGUCUUGGUUCCAUUCUGGCCAAGAGAGAGGGCUGGCUUGCAGAACACAUGCUGAUCCUGGGCAUUGAGAACGAGAAGGGGGAGAAGAAGUACAUGGCGGCUGCAUUCCCCAGCGCUUGCGGCAAGACCAACCUUGCCAUGAUGACCCCUUCGUUGCCUGGCUACAAGGUCACCUGUGUUGGGGACGACAUCGCAUGGAUGAAGUUCGACAACAAUGGCAAGCUCAGAGCCAUUAACCCGGAAGCUGGAUUCUUCGGGGUUGCACCAGGUACCUCCAUGAAAACCAAUCCAAAUGCCAUGAAGACAAUCAAGUCCAACACAGUAUUCACUAACGUGGCGGAGACACGUGAUGGAGGGUUCUUCUGGGAAGGCUUGGAGGAUGAGAUGACUGAUGAUAUCAAAGUAGAGUCGUGGCUGGGAGACAAAGACUGGAAGAAGGAGGAUAGCGGCAAGCCAGCAGCUCACCCCAACUCCAGGUUCUGUGCCCCCGCCUCACAGUGCCCGAUCAUGGACCCUGCCUGGGAGAGCCCUGAGGGUGUGCCCAUAGAGGCCAUCAUCUUCGGGGGCAGGAGACCAGAAGGAGUUCCGCUGGUCUAUGAGUCUUUCAACUGGCAACAUGGUGUCUUCCUUGGUGCUGCCAUGAGAUCUGAAUCCACAGCCGCCGCAGAACACAAAUCCAAACAAAUUAUGCACGAUCCCUUUGCCAUGCGUCCAUUCUUCGGGUACAACUUUGGGGAUUAUCUGAAACAUUGGCUGAGUUUCCAGGAGCGCCAGGGAGCACUACCCAAGAUCUUUCAUGUUAACUGGUUCCGCAAGGGCAACAACGGACAAUUCCUGUGGCCAGGUUUUGGCGAGAAUGCCCGUGUGUUGGACUGGAUCUUCCGUCGUGUGGACGGAGAGGACAUUGCAAAUGAAUCCGCCAUUGGUUACAUUCCCAAAUCGGACUCUUUAAACCUCAGUGGUCUUGAAAAGCCUGUAGAUCUUCAGGAAUUGUUCCGCCUACCUGCUGAAUUUUGGCAGAAGGAGGUCAACGCCAUCUACAAGUAUUUUGACGAGCAGGUAAACGGAGACCUGCCUCCUGCAAUAAUGGAAGAACUGAAGUCCCUCGAGAAGCGAGUUUCUCGCCUGUGAUACCAUCAUCCUCAUGAACCCACCUCCUGGACCUGCAGCGACCAUUUCACAGACUCACUGCAUCACUUCACUAUCAAUGAGCAUCGUUUACAGAACAUCACCUGUUGCUCAAAACUUGACAUUUCCAGUAUGUGUGGAACAAUGAGUCAUUUGAAAGCACUUUAUCAUUAGAGAAAUACAUUGUAUUAUAGUGGAACUGCAUUUUACGUCUAGUCCUAACAGAAAUAUAGUGAUAGAUGAUGCUGUUGCAAUAUGUUCAACUUGGUAGGACACGAAUAGAUUUUGGGGCAUGAUAGCUGCCGUAUUCGUAGUUAGAAUAAUUAUGGUCAUUUUGCAUAUCGUGUCAUGAUGUUCAAUAUAUUUGAUGAUGACUACAAAUAUUGACUGAUGGUCUGUGCACAUAUGUCUGCUAUGUAGACGUCCAUUUUAUCAGAGUAAGAUUUUGAAACAUUACUUAUUUUAGUGCCCAUGUUUUAUCAAACUUUCACUUAUAUUAGAUAUAAUGGUUUAUCAUUGCUCUGUUCAAUUAAAUAUCAAUACAUUCCAUGCUUUUAUUUCAUCCACAUUCAGAAUAUUUUAACAUGUUUGAGAUACUAGUAUUUCUGACCUGAAAACUAUAAGGCCACGGUAUAUUUAUUAACUACAAGAACUGAUUCACCUCUUGGAAACGGUUCCUUGUCAUUUUGGUUUCUAUGACAACAUUGCUAGAACUUACAUAACAGAAAACUGAAAUAUUAUGUUUUUCUGUUACGGAUUUGGUUUAUGUGUCUUGUCACCAACAGUGCCUGUGAUAAUAUGCACAUUGUAUGUUCACUGACUAAGAAAUGGCAGAUUAAUUUUAAGGACGUUCAUUUAAUCUAAGAUUCAACUCUACAUGAACUCACUUUUUAAGGUGACUUAUUCUUUUGAGUGAAUGGAAUGUUUUAUCAGUAAAGUAUUAGACUAGAAUUGUGUGAUAAUCUCUGUGAAAGGAGAUGAUGGCUGUGAUUCUGUGAAUGCAUGUGUUCCUUCUCGUAACGUGUCAGUCUGCAAAUGUGUUCGAUUUCAUAUAAGUGUAUUUUUAUAACAUGUUGAUAUUUUAACUGGGCGAAUGUGGAUCUAUCCCCACAAUGCAAUGAGAAUAAACUGAAGGGUUGUUUUAA